ACCAUACUAGUGUGCUAACAAACCACACCUUAGCAACUGAACUGGUUUUAGGAACCUAAACAUAAACGUAAUUUUGUCUUUAUCAGUUGUACCUUUAUUGGAGAAAAAGGUACGGAUAAAGAAUGGCUUCUCGGGGGAAAUCAGAAACAACCAAACUGAGACAAAACAUGGAAGAACAGUUGGACCGGUUAAUGCAACAGCUCCAAGAUUUAGAGGAGGUCAGAGAAGAGCUUGAAGAAGAGGAAUACGAAGAAACCAAAAAAGAGACACUAGAACAGUUGAGCGAGUUCAAUGAGUCAUUGAAGAAGUUGAUGUCUGGGAAUAUGACACUAGUUGAUGAAUUGGGAGGAAUGCAGCUGGCGAUCCAAGCUGCCAUCAGUCAGGCAUUCAAGACACCUGAAGUUAUUCGGCUGUUUGCUAAAAAGCAGCCAGGGCAACUGAGAACGAGACUCGCUGAGAUGGACCGUGAUGUGAUGGUUGGAAAGCUCGCUCGAGAUGUGUACACUCAGCAGAAAGUGGAGAUCCUCACGGCUCUGAGAAAACUUGGCGAGAAGCUCACAACAGAGGAUGAAGCAUUUCUUGCUGCAAAUGCUAGUGCCACUCUGAGCCACUUUGAGAAGGUGACAGCGAGCCUGGGAUCCGAAGAUAAGAUACUGGCAUUGGCCAGUUCUGGAGUUGGGAAGACCCAAACAUAAGUCUGGUUUACUAGGAUUUAAUUUUUUUUUUUUUUUUGUGAGCGUGGCCUAAAUGCUGUCUGUGAGUUUUACCGUUUUUAUUUGUUUUUAAUUUGCAAUUUCAACACUUUCUACACCCAACCUAAAGUAUCUAUGUUGGGAGUCAUCAUGAAAGUUAUUUUGUAUUGUAUACUCCGAAUACAUUUUAUGUUUGAUUGUACAUUCUUAUUUGGGUACAGUGAAAAAAAGUGUUUACAGUUUUUCAGUGAAAUGUCUCAAACAUUUACACAUGAAAGCACAUUUUAGAAUAGCUCUUAUUUUCUGAAUACAGAGAGGUAAGUUUGCCUUUAUUCAAAAUGGUCUUGAUUAUUUUUUAUUUCUACUAAUCGUUAUUAAUUUAUUAACCUUAUUAUCAAGUUUUCUGCCAAUAAGCCUUUUGGUAAUAGUAUUUGAUAGUAACACUGUAAUUACUAUGCAUUUUAAUUUUCGUUUGUCAUUACUUUUUUUUAACCAGUGUGAUGUUUGUAAAUAUUUUGUAGUUCGAAUAUAUUUGGCGAUCAACAUCUGAAAA